CUUUACUCUAUGGGGUUAACUGUCAUUGAAAAGGUUCCAGCUUCAAGUUCAUGACAGAAAAAUAAUUGAAAAAGUUGAAAAACAACAAAUUAAUUAGAUUGCGUCUUCGGAUUGAAAAUGCUACAUAUUAAGAGAUUAAAUGCAUUAAAACCAUUCUUCUAUAAAGCAACCUCCGCUUGUAGUUUGGUUAAAUGUAAAUACUCGCAAAAGUCAUCUACAGAAACUGAAGAGAAACAAAAAAAAAGUGAAUCUAAAAGAAUGGCAGAAUUCAAGAAGAAAUUGAGAGAAACUACACCAAUAAAAGAUUUGGGUGAGCAAGCAGAAAUGCGACCAGCCAAGGAGGAUCCACUGCCAGCCUGGCCAAAUGAUAUAAAUCCUCAUACUGGAGAGGUGGGGGGGCCUCGAGGACCUGAGCCUACGAGAUAUGGAGACUGGGAAAGAAAGGGAAGAGUCACAGAUUUUUGAAAACAUUAUUUAAUUUGAAUUGUAGUAUAAUUUUUAUUGAUGUUAUUUAUUAAUAGCACUGAAUUUUGAAAGCAGACUUUGAGAUUAGUGACUAUGUGAGUUGUGUUAUAAUUUGUUAGAAGGUUCAUUACUUUGUUAAUAAAAUACAAUAAAUAUGUUGUUAAACAAAUUAAAUUCAUAUUAGUAUGAAACAACCAUUUAUUGA